AUGAGCGAGGAAGCAGAAGAAGCAGACUUGGUGAUGUUGAAAGCACACAUGCGGAGAGUCUUUGAAGAUACCUGCCAUGAGUUCAAUCUUACCGACGAAUUCACUUCAUCACAUAGUGAUAGUACUUUGAAGGCCAAGCCAUCGAAAUAUGUCAAUGAGUAUGGACUAAAGUUUAAUACCAAGAAGUUCGAAAACGACCUUGUUGCUCUAUUUCUUCACAACAAACUCAACGCACCAUUCUUCAGCGCUUUCGAAAAGAUUGCGCAUACUGGGCAGUUGAUGAAGAAGAGUAAUGCUUUCGUGCUUUAUGAAGUGCCUGAAUACGUUCUGAUAAACGGGGAUGAGAUAUUUCCCGUGAACUUUGACUCGUGCAAAGCAAUGAACGGCACUUAUUUCCUGUGCAUGGAGAAAAUCAGAACUUAUUGCGAUAUCACCACCAUAACGUCCUGUGAUUUGUAUGCGAUGCCCACAGACAAAGAUUUCUACUUUACCCGAUCGUACGGUAGCGGAAUGAUAGUGGCUACAAAUCUUUCGGUUCGUAAUCUCACUAGCUUUACCCAGUUUCAUAAAGAAAAUUGA